ACAAAUAAAUAUUUACAUGCAUGCAAAUUAGAAACAAACUAAUCCUAAAGUCAAUCAAGAAAUUAAAUCAAACUUAAUAUAACUUUCAGAGCAUUACCCUUCUUAGUUCACAUGGUAUGCUCCACCUUUCUAAGAAGACACACCAGAAAGGUAAAACCCAAUUAACCCAACACAAACAAACUGAAAUAAAGAAAUGAAACUAAAAGUACUUGUUCUGUAAAUAAAUAUCAAUACUCAAUAGGGAUGGAGUCCCUGGUCUCCAUCACACCUCAUAAUGAGGAUUAUCUCCACAAACAUCCAGCUUGUUCUUUAGUUUCCAAGUACUCAUUGUACUUACUUGCCUGUGUGCUAAUCUGUGCUCCGAUAGCCACACACACCUAUAGAAAUCUCUUCCUGGAGUGCAGCAUGUGGAUUUGCUCCCACAUCAUGUCUAUUCCACAUUGUGCAGCCGUAAGCAAAAAAAAAAAAAAACAACCUAAAGCGCAGAGGAAUAGUUUCCCAGUAAAAUCCAGAGUGAGGAGGGCAGGAUGUAAUUCAGCUUCAGCAGCAUCAGCAUCAGUCGUGGUGGCAGCAGUGAGUGUGAGAGAGACGGAGGAAAGGGAGUGUGAGUGUGUGUGAGCGAGCCUGUGUGGGAGCGAGUUCCUAUGCAUUGUACCGAGCGAAGCGGAGGCUCUGCUGUCGCGCGGCAAGCUGUGUGUUCCCGUCUGAUUCCCGCGCGCUCCGGUCAGAAAGGAGCCAGGGUGGAGAUGCAGCUUCGCUCAGACCUCCACCUUCACUGAGAGACCCAGCCGGGACAUCGCAAGGUGGCAGCAUGGUCGGGAUGGAAACCCACUGCUGACACCAGUGUGACUGAUGAUGACAGCCCACGCGUGGACUACCAUGCGCCACAGCCGCACUGCUCUGGGAGGAAACAUAGCCAUGUGAAAGUGACUUGGCUGCCAGCAACUCUUGGACAUGUAUUCCAGGGCAAAGUCUGGAUUUCUUUUUGUGUUCAAACUUGUGCUUUUUCUCUUGGUGCUGUCUGGAUGCCCUGAACUGUCCUGCCAAGCGAGGACGAAAGGCAGAUGGAAUAAGGGGGGAUCCCGUCUGCGCCAGGAGGACUCCCCGCCCCGGAUUGUGGAGCACCCCUCUGACCUGAUCGUAUCCAAAGGGGAGCCCGCCACUCUCAACUGUAAAGCGGAGGGUCGGCCCACCCCGACAGUGGAGUGGUACAAAGACGGGGAGCGGGUGGAAACGGACAAAGACGACCCACGUUCACACCGCAUGCUGCUUCCGACAGGCUCGCUUUUCUUCCUGCGCAUCGUUCAUGGACGACGGAGCAAACCCGACGAGGGAGCCUACGUCUGCGUGGCCCGGAACUACCUGGGAGAAGCCGUCAGCCGUAAUGCGUCCCUGGAAGUAGCAUUGCUGCGAGAUGACUUCAGGCAGAAUCCUACUGAUGUGGUGGUGGCAGCAGGAGAGCCAGCAAUACUUGAAUGUGUCCCUCCCAGAGGUCAUCCUGAACCCACCAUCUACUGGAAGAAAGACAAAGUGCGAAUAGAUGACAAGGAAGACAGGGUCACUAUUCGAGGAGGAAAGCUCAUGAUCUCAAACACAAGAAAGACAGACGCUGGCAUGUACGUGUGUGUGGGCACCAACAUGGUUGGAGAACGGGACAGUGAGACGGCACAAGUAACAGUGUUUGAGCGACCAACCUUCCUUCGGAGGCCAAUCAACCAGGUGGUCCUAGAAGAGGAGACGGUUGAGUUUCGGUGCCAGGUACAAGGAGACCCCCAACCAAAUGUUCGCUGGAGGAAAGAUGACAUCGAUGUUCCUCGUGGGAGGUACGACAUCCGCUACGACAAGGACGACUAUAUGCUGAGAGUGAAGAAAGCCUCCAUUAGCGACGAGGGCACGUUCACCUGUGUGGCAGAAAACCGUGUGGGCAAGCUGGAGGCUUCGGCCACUCUCACAGUCAGAGCUCGCCCUGUUGCUCCACCCCAGUUUGUCAUCCGCCCACGGGAUCAGAUCGUGUCGCAAGGCCGCACUGCCACCUUCCCGUGUGAAGCCAAAGGAAAUCCCCAGCCGGCAGUUUUCUGGCAGAAGGAGGGGAAUCAGAUUCUGCUGUUCCCCAACCAGCCCCAGCAGCCCAACAGUCACUUUUCCGUGUCGCCCGGCGGAGAGCUCACCAUCUCAUCUGUGCAGCGAGCAGAUGCCGGCUACUACAUUUGCCAGGCUCUGACCGUUGCGGGCAGCAUCCUCGCUAAGGCUCAACUGGAGGUCACAGAUGUUCUCACAGACAGACCCCCGCCUAUCAUCCGCCAAGGCCCGUCCAACCAGACCCUGGGGAUGGACAGUGUUGCGCUGCUGAAGUGUCAGGCAUCUGGAGACCCCAUCCCCUCCGUCAGCUGGCUGAAGGACGGGGUCAGUCUACUGGGAAAGGACUCCCGCAUGUCCCUGCAGGAGCUGGGCAGCCUGCAAAUUAAAAACAUCAAGCUCUCAGACUCGGGGAUCUACACGUGUGUGGCCACCAGCUCAAGCGGGGAAACAUCGUGGAGCGCUUUCCUGGAAGUGAAAGAAUCAUCGGCAGUGAUUGUCACAAAGAGCUAUGAUGAGAACGAGCUUCCAGGUCCUCCGUCUAAGCCCCAGGUCACCGACGUUACCAAGAACAGCGUGUCGUUGUCGUGGCAGCCCGGGAUGACCGGAGCCUCUCCUGUCUCUUCCUUUGUCAUCGAAGCUUUUAGUCAGUCUGUGAGCAACAGCUGGCAAACCGUGGCGGACCACGUCAAGACCACCCAGUUCACCGUCAAAGGUCUCCGUCCCAACACCAUCUACCUGUUCAUGGUCCGAGCCGUCAACGGCCAAGGCUUAAGUGAUCCAAGCCCAAUGUCUGAACCUGUUAGAACACAAGAUAUAAGCCCUCCAGCCCAGGGAGUGGACCACAGGCAUGUGCAGAAAGAGCUCGGAGAGGUCAUAGUUCGCCUGCAUAAUCCCGUUGUCCUGAGUCCCACCACCAUUCAGGUCACAUGGACAGUGGACCGCCAGUCCCAGUUCAUCCAGGGUUACCGGGUUCUGUACAGGCAGACGUCCGGACUUCCUUCGCCGGGGGCGUGGCAGACCCAGGACGUGAAGGUGCCCUCGGAGCGCAGCGUCGUCCUGUCGUCACUGAAGAAGGGCAUCGUUUACGAGAUCAAGGUCCGGCCGUACUUCAACGAGUUUCAAGGCAUGGACAGCGAAUCGAAGACAGCGCGGACCACCGAGGAGGCUCCCAGUGCCCCCCCUCAGCAGGUAACCGUCCUGACGGUGGGAAACCAGAACAGCACCUCCAUCAGCAUCUCCUGGGACCCCCCUCCACCCGACCACCAGAACGGCAUCAUCCAGGAGUACAAGAUCUGGUGUCUGGGGAACGAGACGCGUUUCCACGUGAACAAGACGGUGGACGCAGCCAUCCGCUCUGUGGUGGUGGGCGGGCUGCAGGUGGGCCUGGUGUAUCACGUGGAGGUCGCCGCCAGCACCAGUGCAGGAGUGGGAGUGAAGAGUGAACCUCAGUCUAUAAUCAUCGGGAAAGAGUUCCGGGACGUGAUCAUACACGGAAACCGAAACAACAGCAUCACAGAGCAGAUAACGGAUGUGGUGAAGCAGCCGGCCUUCAUCGCCGGCAUCGGAGGCGCCUGCUGGGUCAUCCUCAUGGGCUUCAGUAUCUGGCUCUACUGGAGGAGAAAGAAGAGAAAGGGUCUAAGCAACUAUGCAGUUCAGUCCUUCACCUUCACCCCUGCAGUGACGUUCCAAAGAGUCGACGGCGGUCUGAUGAGCAAUGGAAGCCGUCCAGGCCUGCUGAACGCCAGUGACCCGGGCUACCCCUGGUUAGCCGACUCCUGGCCGGCGACCAGCCUGCCCGUCAACAGCAGCUCUGGAGGACCAAACGACUUGACGAAGUUUGGUCGAGGAGAUCUCCCCACUGGACAGGGAGAUAAAACGGGCACCAUGCUGUCCGACGGAGCCAUCUACAGCAGCAUAGACUUCACCACCAAGGCUAACUACAACAGUCCUGGUCAAACAUCCCAAGCCAAUCCUUACGCCACCACUCAGAUCCUCCACUCCAGCAGCAUCCAUGAGCUGGCUGUGGACCUGCCCGACGCCCAGUGGAAGGCUUCACUUCAAGCUAAGCAAGAAAUGGCAAACCUGGGCUACUCCCUGCCUGACAAGAACUCCUGCAACAACACCCUCCUUUUUAUUCCCGACUACCGAUUGGCCGACGGAUUGUCUAAUAGAAUUCCACACAACCAAUCACAAGAUUUCAGCACCACCAGCUCUCACAACAGCUCAGAGCGAAGCGGCAGUCUCUCAGGUGGAAAAGGAGGAAAGAAGAAGAAAACCAAGGCUGGAUCUAAACCUCCUAAAGCUAAUGGCUCCAACUGGGCCAAUGUUCCGCUGCCCCCUCCCCCGAUUCACCCUCUACCCGGCACAGAGAUGGACUUGUAUCCCAUCGAGCACCAUGACGGCGGAGGGUAUGAGAAUGACACCUGGGGCCCACCCAUGCCUGUGCAGACGUACCUUCAUCAAGGCAUGGAAGAUGAGCUGGAAGAAGAGGAGGAAAGGGUUCCCACACCACCCAUCCGAGGAGUGGCCUCCUCACCGGCUGCCGUCUCUUUUGGACAGCAGUCCACAGCCACCCUCACCCCGUCUCCCCGGGAUGAGAUGCAGCCCAUGCUCCAGGCCCACCUGGAUGAACUGACCAGAGCAUACCAACUGGACAUGGCUAAACAGACAUGGCACAUGCAGGGAGGCUCUCUUCCUCCCCUGGCACCAGCUCCGCCAGUGGGCUAUGUGUCGAGCACAAUGGUUUCCGACCUGGAGACUGACCUGCAAGACGAGGAGGAGGAAGAGGAAGACGAGGACGAGGAUGAGGGCUACGGAGCCAGGCAUCCCCGUGGUAUCGAGCACACACCAGGGUCUAGCAUGGACAACCUGGACAGCUCUUUAACAGGGUCCAUGGUGAAUGGGUGGGGCUCGGCCUCGGAGGAUGAGCGUAAUUUUUCCAGCCAUAGAUCCAGUCUGGGCAGUUCUUCCGAUGGCUCCAUCUUUACCCACUGCAGCUUUGCCCAGGCCCUUGUGGCUGCUGCAGACAAGGCAGGCUACCGCCUUGAGGGAACCAGCCUCAGCAAGAGAGGUAAAGGCUUGUCCCACAGGCCCCGUCCCAGCAGUCCAUUUUCAACAGAUGGCAGCACAGUCGGCACACACAGCUUGGGCCACCAGAGGGCCACCAGGCCCACCCGCAAACCACGAAGUCAAGGCACAACACCUCACCGGAGAGACGCUGGUGCAGACGACCUACCUCCCCCCCCUGAGCCUCCUCCCUGUCAGGGCCAGGGCCGCAUCCAGGGGACCCGCAGCGUAAACAGCAUGGCACCACCCACGGACAGGAAGGCUGCGUCUCUGGAGCGCACGCCCAUGUCAGGACCGCUCUGUGGGCCAGACGACAUGAAGAGCUCUAUUGACAGACAGAUGCGAACCUCUCUGGAACAUCACCGCCAGGCCCAGGACCGGCUGGGCUCCAUGGACCGGACGGACGAUGCCCGCAGGUGCCACAAAUCAGAGGAUGGGUGUGUCCCGUACAGCAAGCCGUCCUUCCCCUCCCCCGGGGGCCACAGUUCCUCUGGGACGGCCUCCUCCAAGGGGUCAACGGGGCCACGCAAGACCGACGGGCCGCGGCAACCACAACAGUGGACCGCUACAGAGCAUGCUGAAUUUCUGGGGGCCAACGGACAUGGAGAGUUAUAGUGACCCUCCUGGGCUCCCGUCCGGGCCAAUAAACUUUCUCCUCUUACCUGUGCGUUCUCAGAGGGGGAGGCGCGCGGCGGCGGAGGGCGCCACAGCGACGAAGCAGUUUCACAGAAAUGUACAUGUGAUGUAAAGUCACAAACAUACUGUACAUCUCACAAUGGUUUUGUCCUCAAGAAAAAUAUUUUCCACCACCUACCUUACUGUAAUUUUCUUUUUGUUAGAAAAAGGCAAGUUUAAAAAAAGGAAAAAAAAAAAAAAAAAGGAAACAUCUAUGUGGGGGAAAAAAAACCUUUGUUGUUUCUACCCUUCGGGAAAAGGGAAUUUUGUUUCCUGUAAAUAUUUUCUUUGCCAUGUUGUUGCAUUGCUAUGCAAACCCAAUAGAGUUUAAUUUUUUUUAUUUCCAUAUACAAUAACAGUUGGGUUUUACCUGGUUAUUUGUACUAUAUGUGAAUUAAGUGGCUUUUGUGCCAUAAAAUAAUUGUUGUUUUUUUUAUCCAUUGUUCGUUAAUAGCUGCCAUUAAUUAUUAUUAAUAUUAUCAUUAUUAUUAGUAUUAUUAAUUAUUGUUUUUUUGCACUGCAAUUUUUGGUGAUAAGCACAAAAACAUAGCUCCUGCUGACAUGAAGAACCGGAAGAAUAUGUGAAGAGGAGUUUCUGUACUGUAAAGUAAAGAGAAGAUUAUAUUCUAGUGUACAGAGAGAUAUUAAAGAGUCGUGCUUUUCUCACAGACAGCAUCCAUUUCUACAGUAGAGACGAACCGAGUGGCAGACGCUAGUCCUGAAGGCGCGAGGCAGAGCUACAAGGCCUGGGAACGGAUCCGAAACGUUGGCAACUCAUGGAUUCGGUUAGCUAUUAAUUUAUUGUUCUCCUUUUUUUAAUUUAUGGUUUAGUGCCUAAAUCACUUUACAAAGCGGAUCUCAUGCUCUUGCACAGUACAGCCUCAAACUUAAAAAAAAAAACAAGCGGUGAACUUUGUCUGGAUGCUGACAUCACGUCAUAGCACAAAUGAGGUUUUAUUUUUAUCAUAUUAAGUUACAAACGCAUCUAAACCUCCUUCAAUAACAAUUAAAUUAUGUCCUUUACACUUAUUUUACUCGCUUAAUCUGUUAUCACCAAUCGCAUCAAUGAAGAAAACAUUUAGUUUCCUGGGAACGGCCGAGUUAUUAACGUGGCUUAUGUGGGAAACUUGGUGACUCAGAUGUGAAACAAAUGGUCAGUUUGCCUCUUUGUCGAUUUCUACAGUUUGACCCUAAUUACCUGUAACGUGUCAAUUCAUUCUCCUGUUAAUUAACAAUUUUGAGAAAUUAGGAACGAAAAAAUAAAUCUCAAUUUCCAUGAUUGAUUUGUUUGAGAAUGAAAAUUGCCAACAGCUUAGUUCUUAAUUCCAGGUUCAAACCAGUUCAUUUUAGCCAUGGGCCCGAAUCAUUUUACAAUAACCUGACAGUGUUAUGCUAUUUACAUAAAGAUAAAAUCUCUAUAACAUCAUGUAGAGCUACAUCAUGUGCUAAAAGCAACAAGUCUUCCUACUGCUGCUAAAAUAGUACAUUCUGCUGAUUAUUACAGCUUAAUGUUAUCUUUAGCUUUUUAUCAUUUAGCAUUUUGUUAAAAAGGUUGAGGGUUUAAAGGUGAACAUUAUUAUAGUACCGAAUUCAUCACAUUUUUGCUCUAAAAUCAACAAGUUAUCAGUUUGGCUAGCUAGCCCGCAUUCACCCGCUUAAAUCCUACUCCUAGCUUACCAACAGUUGUUUUACAACAGUGUUGCCUUAUUAAGGUAAGAGGCACUCAUUUAGGAUGGUUGCCAAUGGGGGAAAAAAACACUGGAAAAUGUUGCAGGUCUGUUUAAGCCAGCUUACAGGCAGUGUGUAGGGAAAAAAUAGAGAAAACUCAGGUCACUCUGGAAACUCUUCAAACCUACUUUAAACCACAGAAACUUCAUUUUUUGAAGCUAUUUUUUUUUUAGACCUUGGUUUACCUUGAUACAUAUCAUUGGCCCACGCCUAGCAACAUUUAUUAAAACUGAGAUCAAUGCACCAACGGAAGUGCGGGGACGCACCCAGUUCAGUGUGUCAACUAUAAACCUAGAUUAAACUGUCUUCACUGUUACAGGUGUUUAAAAACCAUAUUUAAAAUAAAUGACGCUUAACCUGGUGGGGAGGCAAGUAAAGCCUGGUGGCCCGCCAGGCUCAUAAUAACAGGGAGAAAGUCAGUGAACUGUAAAUGGAUUAGAUAAAAUUGAUUUGUCUUUAAAGUCCCCUAUUAAAGUCAGAAAUGACAAAAGGGCAAAGUGGCCAGCAUCCACAGCAAGUAUGAACAGCAUAGUCUUGUGGGAAACUUUUAUUUAUUUAUGUUUUAAUGGUGAUUACUGCACAUCUUUAGGUUAGAGAGCUGACGAAGCAAAGGCCUUGUAUGUUAGUCAGUGGCUCCAAUGCCUUCAUGUCUACAGCCACAGUGGGAAGCAAAAAACCCUUUCUUAUCCACCUGACUGCCACAAAAACACGCUUGUAUCAUUUACCGCUUUCGACUUCAUAACAUCAGAUUUUUUUUAGAUAUGAAUCUUUUCCAACAAAUAUCCUUUUUGGAAGCUAAAGCUUGUUUCUUUGUAUGCCUUUUAUGGACUCCCAAAACGCUGCUUACAACAAUGUUUUUCAAUUGUAAUGUUCAGGAUUUUUGUGGUUCAAUGACUGUUUGUUUUGUCUUUUUUUUGUACUGCUAAUGUUGAUUAAAAAAAAAAAAAACGGGGAUGGGGGAGUAGGGGAAACUAAAGGCCAUCAAAAUGCUGUUGUACUGUUGUCGUAACACCAUUGUCGUAUUUUAUUUUAUUUUUUUAAGGAUACACCCAGUGGCCAGUGUUCUGGGAAUGAGGUGCAGAGAGUAUCUCAGGUUAUUUUGCAUUCUGGUGGUGUUUAUGUAUGUGUAUAUAUGUGUAUAUAUCCAUACACAUCUCCACUUGAUUAUCCAUUCCUUUUUCAUUAAUAAACACUUUCCAUCCCAUGUUGGAAUCCGUUAUACCCCCCUUUUUUCAUUAUUUUCAUUACUUUUUAAUUUUCUGCUGUGGACUUUGAUCCCGAUGUUCUGGUUCAUCCAACUUAAAGACAAGAUGUCAGUAAAAGAACAUACCAAAUUUGAAAUUGAUAUUUCUAACGUCUAAAUGCGUCUUCGUGUCUUUUAAUACUCAAUUUUCUUUUAAAUCACAGUGUCGUUUUGUAUUUAUUAAAAUGCUAAUAAAGGUAUAUUGUGAAAUAUGCAUAAAAUUUGUAAGAUAUAAAAUGUGUUUUCUUUUUUCUUUUUAACUGUUACCUUUGUUCCUUGCGAACGUUGGUGUCGGAGCUGAGCAGCGAGGCCGUUAGGAGGUGAUGUGGAGACUGUGCUCUCAGCAUGGUGAUUCGCCGGUCAGUCGUCAUCCAAGUCGCUCUUCGUCUUGCAUGUUCACUGCACUGCUCUUCUCGAGUCGUAACGUUUCGACACGGGGAGUAAAAACACAAUUUGCUCGUCAAGGCAAAAGAGAAAAUGUCCUUUUCAAAGUGCUUUACCUCUUUUCGUUCAUUUUCUCAAUAUUGUUGGUUCUUUGUAGCCUAUCUGUGUCUUUCCUUUUUGCUAUAAAAGCGGAUUAAAAAUGACAAAAAGUGAAAGUUGUUGGGUGAAGUCUUUCCUGUACAGCAUGGGGUGAGGUAACGCUCCAAAUCCAAUGCCAUUUCUACGGUACGGUUCUCCUUCUUUCUUUUUCCCACCUCUCUGUACACCUCCUCCUGUAUUCACUUGCAUGUUCUUCUCCAAAAAAGAGAGUGAAUCAAGAAAAUAAACUCCUACAGUUUAGUUCUGAUGACCUGUAAAAUAAGUCCAUCUUUUAUUUCCUUGUACCUGGAUCAAUAUCAAAUAAAAAUAUUUUUGAAAAACGAA